CGGAGCCGGAGGAGGACGCGCAGCCGCUGCCCGAGCCGCAGCCGCAGCCGCAGCCGGAGCCCCAGCCGCGGGGCGGGCGCGAAGAUGCACACCACCCAGAAGGACACGACGUACACCAAAAUCUUCGUCGGGGGGCUGCCCUACCACACCACGGACGCCAGCCUGCGCAAGUAUUUCGAGGUCUUCGGCGAGAUCGAGGAGGCUGUGGUCAUCACCGACCGGCAGACGGGCAAGUCCCGGGGCUAUGGAUUUGUCACCAUGGCUGACCGGGCUGCUGCUGAAAGAGCUUGCAAGGAUCCCAACCCCAUCAUUGAUGGCAGGAAGGCCAACGUGAACCUGGCAUACUUGGGAGCAAAACCAAGGAUCAUGCAACCAGGUUUUGCCUUUGGUGUUCAACAGCUUCAUCCAGCCCUUAUACAAAGACCUUUUGGGAUACCUGCACACUAUGUCUAUCCGCAGGCUUUUGUGCAGCCUGGAGUGGUCAUCCCCCAUGUCCAGCCCACCGCCGCGGCCGCCUCCACCGCACCUUACAUCGACUACACGGGAGCCGCGUACGCACAGUACUCGGCGGCCGCCGCUGCCGCCGCCGCCGCGGCCGCCUACGAUCAGUACCCGUACGCAGCCUCCCCGGCCGCCGCGGGCUACGUCACGGCCGGGGGCUACGGCUACGCGGUGCAGCAGCCAAUCACCGCCGCCGCACCUGGGACCGCGGCCGCCGCCGCCGCCGCCGCCGCGGCCGCCGCCGCCUUCGGCCAGUACCAGCCUCAGCAGCUGCAAACAGACCGGAUGCAAUAGGCCCGUAGCCCCUGAACAAAGUCUAGUUGCUUUCUCUUUCCAAAAUGUCCCAGUUUUCAGUAGCUAAUGAGAGUUAACUUAACAGCUUUAAAAAAAAAAAAAGGCUAUGCUAUUGUGAAGCAGAAUUAUGAUUUUUUUUAUAUACUCCAGUAGUCAUUCUAGACGUGCAAAAGAAGGAAGGGGAGUGGGCGCAGUUUUUGGAAAUCAAUCCCAAAGAGCCUGAGUAAAUACAAGGCCGCGAUGAAAUGGUGGCAGGAGAAAACCAUGGAACUUCACUUUUAUAAUGGGAUUUUUACUUUUGCUCUUUUUAUAGUAUCAGGGAAGCAAACUGCCUUUUACAGUUAGGAAAUGCUAUUUGAAUCUAGUUGAACCAGGGAAUACAGAGUGAGCAAUAUGUAGCUUGAAUUACAUUGAAAAGCAGAUUUAAAAAAAAAAAAAUGGUGAAAGCACUGAUUGUCAUUUUUAGCCGUCACUAUGGCCUAGAGAACUUUUCUCAAGUAGGAAGGUGAUGUUCUUACUCUCUCAAAAAAAAAAAAAAAAAAAAAAGGGCAUCGAACAAUCAAUCUAGGAGCGUGGCAGUGGGUGAAGUGGUGGACAGGCACCAAAGCUAUUUUCUCAUCCACCCAGUGGAUGAGUGGGACUGUGAAACAGGUGAUGUGGAAUGAAUGGGCGCAACAGCUGUACAGACAAUCAAUAACACACACAGUUCUGGAAAGAACACAUCACUUGUGCUUGUUUGAUGAGCUUGUCACAUUCUAAUCCCUCUCCCCAUCCUGUUUCAAUUUUGGGAAACUUGUAUCUGCUGGUGUCAGCAAUUCUGAUUCUGAAAUAGGAUCAGGCUUUUACUACAUACAACCGCCUUCUCUUUCUAUUUAUUGUGUCGACUCGUGGCUUAUGAUUAAAGGCAGGCAAAGUUUGCAGACUCUAAACCCUUAAGAGCUGUCUUAAGGACAUUUAUUUUUUUUCCCUUUUUAAGUAAUUUUACACUUUUUAGUAUCUAUUUCAGAGUCAUAUUUAAAACUAUUUAUUAGUGAAUACCGUACAUGAGACACCAAGGUUACCGAGAUGACAGUUCUUCAAUGGUUAAUGAUAAUGUGGUUUAUACUGUGCCUUAAUAGUAAUGCUAUUUAAGAUAUUUAUUUUUAAGUUUUACUAUGCUGCACUCUAAAGAAAGGAACUUUAGAUGUGACACUGUAAAAUUAUGUAUUCAUCUCAUGGCAUAAAUUAUUUAGUAGGUCUAGAUGUAGCAUAUUAAAUAUUAACCUAUUCAACUAAAGAUGUUGACUUGGAUUUAUUUAAAUUCAUAUGUGCACUGUAUAAGAGAAUACUCUUACAUUAACACAUUUUAGUUUAUUUUAGUUUUUAGGUUUUUUUUUAACAGGAUCUAUUGCUAGUUUCAUGCUUCCUUCUCUGAUUUUGCUCAUGCAGCUCUCAUUUACUGAUACUUCAUUAGUUUAACACUUCUUAUGUAGUUUUUAAAUGCUGCUUUACAUUUUUCUUCUGAAACUGCAAUACUUGCAAUUUUUAUUCUUAAACUAAAUUGAAUACUAUUUUACACUGUAUUGGAUUUUUAUACUUGAACAAUUUCAUACAAGGGAAGACAGGUUAGCAUUUUUAUGGACUUUCUCCAUUAUCACUGGAUUUAAGUAUUCCCAUACUAGACAGUGUUAUGUAAUGUAGACAUGACUCUCCUGUGCAAAUUAUUUAUUCAUUGUGUAUAUUGCUUUAUAACAUUUCAGAUCUUCUAAUCUAUUCACUUGUAUUAAAUAUAAUUUUUAACAA